UCUCUCUCCACAACACCAAAAACUAAUAUAGCACUUCUUCUUAAGCUUCAUAGUCAUGGCUUUCAACAAGUUGUUUCUCUUGGCCUUCCUUGUUGCACUGCUAUGCAAUGCAGGCCAUGCAGCUCGCCAUCUUCUCGAUACUCCGGCAGCGACACCAGAGGGCGCCACACCAUCAACUACACCAACAAUACCAACUAUACCGACUAUUCCAACUAUUCCUAUAACACAACUUCCUCCAUUGCCAUCUCUACCAAAGCGUACAAUACCAGGAUCAGUUAUUCCAACAAUGCCAACGGCUACAUUGCCUUCUAUUCCAUCUAUUCCGUUGCCAACCAUGCCUACUGUUGAGUUGUUGUUGGUACCUCUUGAGCUUGGUCUUGUAAGCUGCUCUUCUACUAUUGGCUCGAUCUCCCUUCAUAUUUGGUUGAGCCGGAGUCUGUUGAAGACCACCGGGCUGAAGCUUCAUCAAAGACCACAUUCUGGAUGUGUAGAUGCGUCGAGAGUCCGGAUCACGGCAUCUCCAUCCUUUUCUCUCAUCAUCAUAGCCGACAAAGAUGCAGUCACUAAUGAGGAAGCAUCAGGAUUCUUGAGUCGGUGCAACCUUCCAAAGUCUUCCAGAAGGUGCUGCUCUUCAUCACCUACCAUUCCACAGAGUCUUCCUCCAUUGCCUUCUAUUCCAACUGUUAUUCCUAAUAUUCCUACUAUUCCUGGUUUUAAGAUACCACCUUUGCCUUUCUUCUCACCACCCCCUGCUGCUACUAGUCCUUGAACUGUUACUUUAUCUGUUACUUUAUAUGUAUGAGAUUGGCUUUUAUUGAUUUAGUGUUGUUUGAGCUUUACUAUUCAUGUGUACUUAGCUAGACAUGCGUGUUACGUGAUUUCAGUGUGGUUUUAAUUUUGACUGUAAUAGUUAUUUUAUGCCCUUUUUAAUAACACUAUUUUCUA